CGCAAACGAAAAAAAGACCCCAAAGCGACGCGAGGCGGGUCUUCCUCUUUCCUCCAGCUAGGGUUUCGAAUCAGCUUCAUCCGGAUCGCAAGUCGCAGGCUGACGAGGGGAUUGUGGUAACCCUAAUUUCUUUAUAUCGAACGCGAUGCGAUGUGCGGUUGGGUUGAAACCUGGAGUAUCGUGGAGCCAAUAGUGUUUUGCACGGUUUGAGAUAGGAAUUUCGUUUCCAACACCGCCUUCGGUGCCUUCUCUGCUUUUAGAAUCUUAAUUGAUGAAGGGAAGACAAGUUGGUGAAGGGACUCCCAAUUCUUUUGCGACUGAGAGGACCGGCAGUUUGACGAGAUGAAGGGUAACAAGAGUCGUGUGAAGUGGGAUGAGGAUAAUUUGGGUGAGAUAGAAGCAAAUAAACCCGUUAGGCAGAAAAUUACAGAGCCCAAGACGCCGUAUCAUCCCAUGAUUGAUGAUGAUGGUUCGCUAUCUCCAAUGCGAGGUCAUUUUGAUGAGUGUGUCGAUGAUCACGCAGAAGCUAUACUUACUGCUCUAAAUGAUGCGGCUUCUUCAAGUACGAAAACUAAUCGAAGAUCUGGUGGCUGGACAUCAUCUGAGGAUGAGGGAGAUGCUAUGGAACCAGAUGAUGAAGAUUCAGAAGCUGACAGGAGCGGGAUGACCUUCAGGGAGCACAGACGGGCGCACUAUGACGAGUUUUUGAAAGUGAGGGAACUCCGGAAGCAAGGCUCUUUCCUCGCGGAAGAAGACGAGGACGCUGAAGACACGCACAAGUUCAAUGGUGCGCGUGAUUCCUCGUCAUCUUUAAGCGCUGGUGUGAAGGACAUAGAGAUUGAGGACGGCGCGGUCUCGUCGUCGGGGCCUCCAGCCUAAGGAGCUUAAAAGGGCUCUACAAGAUUGAGCCAAGACUCAAAGCUGACUAUUUUUGUUGUGAUCUUGUUGUAUGUUGGUUAUAUUUCGCGCAAUUUGUGUUGUGUACAGGCAAAUGGCCCUUCUCCCACCUUGCGUGGCACUCUCACUCUUGCUCUGCCGGUCUCAUCGAGCCGUCUUCUCGGCACGACUGAAAACACUUGUCAACGUUUUUUCCAAACGUCGAACUACAAA